GCAAGCGAUGCCGCACGCGGCGGCAGCCCGGACGCCGCCGCCGCCGCCGCGGCGGCCCUGGCCGACGGGCAGCGCGCGGCGGCGGCCUUGGCCUCGAGAGGCAGUGACCGCACGGUGACCUUUUUGGAGGAUUCGCUCAUAGGCGACGAGAGUCCUUCCAGGAGGUCGUUCGUGCGGAAGCCCACGAGCACAGCGCCCCCGCGCGGGACGCCCAAGGCCUUGGCGGCGCCGCGCAAUGGGCUGCUGAGCGACGAGUGCGAAGAGCAGGAGGACGUCGGCGGGGGGGACUGGGCCGCGGGCGAGGACGAGGCGGGGUUCGCGAAGGCGCCGAUGAACACCACGGCCUCCACCUGGCUGCCCGCGAGCCUCGACCGGGGUCCCCUCGAGAGCCCCAUGGAGACCACGCAGGAGGAGUUCUUCCGGUCGGAGAUGGCCGCGGGCUCUGCCAGGGCGACCGCGGAGGACAUGUUCCGCCCCGAGACCCCGAUCCUGAUGUUCGUGGACCGGGCCUCCUUCCCCGGGCACGUGGACCCCGACGGGCACGAGACGCUCUUCCAGCCCUCCGCGUGCGACGCGGCCACGCCGCAGGCCGCGGAACCGCCCCCGGUGAUCACCGAUGAGGCUUGGGAGGCGGAGCUCCUGGAGUGGAAGCGGCGGUACGGCUGCCCCGACGCCCUGGCCGCGGUCGCGGCCGAGGCGCCCACGCAGGCCGCGGCGGCCGCCGAGCAGGCGCCUGCCCUGCUGGCGGCGCCGCCCCCGGAAGCAGCCGCUCCGGCGGCGCCGUGCCAGCAGGUCGAGGAGAGGUGCCAGCUCCGCGGCAGCAGCCCCUGCAGCCCGUGCGCCCAGAGGGCGCUGCGCCCCCCGGCCGGCCGAAGAGCGGCGGCCGCCGCGCGGUGGCCUCGCCGGACGGCCCCGAGGCGGGCGCGCUCGCGCCUCGGUCCCCGCCGCAGGCGGCGGCGGCGGAGCAGCUCGCCCUGCUGCAGGACCCGGCGGCGGAGGCGGCAGCCGGCGCCGUGGUGCCCGCUGAGAGGACUCGACGCUGGCCUCGGCCUUCGAGUGCGACAUCUCCGGCGAGGGGUUGGGCGCAGGCGCCUCGCCGGGGCGCCGCUACCUGUACACGGCCAGGGACCUGGAGACAGCGACCACCACCGCGCGGAGCCGCCUGGGCCCGGGGGGCGCGUGGAAGAGCCAGUUCGCGGAGGCCGGCACGGUGAAGAACGACUUCUUCGCCGACCUGCGGAAGCAGCGCGAGCGCGAGAAGGGCCGGCAGGCAGUUGGUCCUUUGUGGGUGCACCUGGCUUCGCAGGCGAAGGGCUUGGCCAGCAGCUUGGUCCUCGGCGAGCUGCUCGAGACCAUGAAGCUUUUCUGCUCCGUGCGCUACGAGGACUACGAGCUGUUCCUGCGCCUCUUGGGUGA